AACUUAAUACUGUGGCUGUAAAUGGCUGCUGCUUCUGUGGAAAGCUGCUCUGAAAGGCAGAGAAACUCUCUCUCCACCAUCUAACUCUUACCCAUGGUUGGGUUGUGGAGGCAAAAGGUCCAGGAGAGGAACCCAGGUACCCCUCUCCCCAGCGACACUUCCCAGCUCCUCCAAGGGUAUGGRUGUCCAAUCCUGGUCUCUGAGGGUCUCUAUCCUGCAGAUUUUACUUGUUUCCCUGCUGCAACACACCUGAUCCUGAGAUUGAGUUACCUGUUCAAGUUCUGCAGAAGCCCUUUAACCACACGCUCAUUCAAACCAGUUGUGUUGAAGUGGAGAAACUUCUGUAAUAUGAAUAUAAGAGGCCUCAGGGCAGACCCCUCUUCCCAGUGGGACAUGCUUGGAAAACCUCCAAAAGGAGGCGUCCAAAUCAGAUGCCUGAACCACCUCAACUGAGUCCGUGUGAUGCAGAGGAGCAGCGGCUCCUCCGGAUGAUGGAGUACCUCAUCUUGUCUCUAAAGGGCUCGACACACUGGAGGCUGGAUCCGGCCACUCUACAGAGGAAGCUCAUUUCGGCCGCUUGUGUCCAGGAUCUUGUUCUUUUGCUCAUGACCCACACCUUMUGACCACAUGUGAGGGUUGGAACAUAGAAGGAGCUGUGAAUGAAGAGCGUUGCCUUACCAAAGCAAUGAGCUGCUGGAAAUACCUUCAUCAAUAGGCACAAAAAAUGUACAGAYGGUCACCUUCAGGCCCAGGCCRCCCUUGCAAAAGAGACUUGUGAUCUCAGUGGGAUUUGCCUGGUUAAAUAAUGGUAAAAUAAAAAUAAAYAAAUGCUGCUUAAARGGUCUUAUCAAUGUUAAUGAGAAAAGAGAAAAAAACAUGGUAAAUGAAAAGUAACUGCAUCGGGUUUGUUCUGCAACAAGUGAAGUCUUUCAAACUGAUAGGAAUUGCAGUACUUUAAACAGGAUUUAAUUUGAUUCUUAAUCCUAGUUAGUUCAUUUUUUUGAGUGUGUUGCUCUCUGUAUAUUUCCUCUGUAAAGAUGUGUCUGCAGAUGUAGCAAUGAAGAAAAGUGGGUUUUUUUUCUGCUGCUGACUAGAAUUUCUGAUCCUGUGAUCAGCGUCCAUGUGAUGUACGGCACAGAUUAUUUCACGCGCAGCAGCGGCACAGAAAGUUCAUGAGCUGCACGGUCUGUUUUAACAGGAUUAGCUCGUUGACUGGGUUGAAUCAGCUGAAUGCUGGUUUGAACACUUCACGUAACGUGCUCAUAAAGACUGAAGAAAUGGAGUGGACUCCAGACGAAGAACGAAGGUCAAAGGCCGGACUGCUCGCUGUGUCCUCUGUGUCUCCAGACGUCCUCACUUGACUCUUGGCCUGGAUUACUGUUCCCAGAAUCCAGGAUGUCCAAGUCGGCCCUCCUGAAGGUGAUCCUCCUGGGGGAUGGCGGCGUGGGCAAGUCGUCACUCAUGAACCGCUACGUCAGCAACAAGUUCGACUCGCACCUCUUCCACACAAUCGGCGUGGAGUUCCUCAACAAGGAGCUGGAGGUGGACGGCCACCGCGUCACCCUGCAGAUCUGGGACACGGCGGGACAGGAGCGCUUCCGCAGCCUCCGCACGCCGUUCUACCGCGGCUCGGACUGCUGCCUGCUCACCUUCAGCCUGGAUGAUGGACAGAGCUUCCAGAACAUGGCCAACUGGAAGAAAGAGUUCUCUUACUACGCUGAUGUAAAGGACCCCGACAGCUUCCCGUUCGUGGUGCUGGGAAACAAACUGGACGUUCCCGGGCGGCAGGUGUCGGGGGAGGAUGCCAAGCAGUGGUGUCGGGAAAACGGCGGGCUCCCGUACUUCGAGACGAGCGCCAAGGACGCCACGAACGUAGCGUCGGCCUUCGAGGAGGCGGUGCGUCGCGUCCUGGCGUCGGACGACAGAGACGGUCACCUCGUCAACACCGACACGGUAGACUUACAGGAGAGUCGCCACAGACCCGGCUGCUGCUGAGCCGAGCGCUGGGUGUCAACUAGGGCUGUGUAUUGGCAAGAAUUUGGCGAUACGAUACAUAUCAUGACAGAGGGGUCACGAUACGAUAUAUC